CCUUCAUUGGAGAAAGAUCCUCGCACUUUGGGAAUUUCAAUUUUAGCGGUAGGGUAGAUAGAGUGUCGCUUUCUACACUCCUAGGGUAGAUAUUGAGUGUCGCUUUCUACAUGCCAAAAGUUUAUCAACGUUGGUUGAGUAGUUAGUCGUAUUGCGAUGAACAGACUCAGGGGGCCUACCGCGAAAACCGAAAUUCGCAAAUUGCGGGGAUCUUUCUCUUUACUCUUAGUAAGACGCCAUUAGAGUGACAGAGAAAAAUGCCCGCAAUUGACGAAUUUCGAUUGCGGGUAUAUUUCUCUGUCGCUCUAAUUAUGUAUUAGUAAAGAGUAAAAGAGAAUAAUCCCCGCAAUUUUCGAUUUUCGGUUAAAUUUGUUAAAUAUCAAAAAGUGGCGCCAUCUUACGGGCCAGAACCUAAAGCUUGUGGCAUCAUCGCUCGAAACGACGCUGCCUUACCUUUGCCGUUUGAUGUAUUAGAUGGCGCCAAUUUUUGAUAUUUAACAAAUUGAACACAUAUCUGUGAAAGAAUAACGAUCAAAGUCAAAUGGCGUUCUAAAAGUUUCAAUCACGUGUCUAAAGAUGGCAAUAAAAUACGUGGCUACAAAAUUUUCUUUGAUAAAAUAAAUGGUAUAAUGUUUUGACCUGGGGGCCUACCACGAAAAUCGAAGUUCGUCAAUUGCGGGCAUUUUUCUUUGUCACUCUAAUGACGUCUUAUAGAGAGUAAAAGACAAAAAUCCCCGCAAUUGGCGAAUUUCGGUUUUUGCGGUAGGCCUCCAGGAGCGCCAUCUUGUGAUGAAUAGAUUUAUAUUCUACGGAAGGUGGAGGUAAGGAAAUAAAUCUUCAUGUACCAAAAAAUGUCAUCAAAAAACCUGUUAGAGAGAGACUAAGCAGAGAGCAGUAGCAUGAAUGGAGCACAACGGAUGAAUCUUCAAUGAAUAUAUUUCAUAAAUUAGUUAAGUAAUACAAUUAAUCUAAAUAUAUUAUAAGUAACAUAAUAACAACACAGACUGUUUUUUACUCAAGUGACAAUUGAUUGACUUAACAGUUCAAAUCUAUAUUCUAAAUUGAAAUAUAAAUUGUGGCGUGUAGCUUACAACCUUAUUUCAACAAAACCUUAAAUAGGUGGCGCUACAAUACCUAGAAUACUAGAACAAAAAAAUCAAAUCAUAGACAGCGCACUUCACUCCGUCAAUAGCGCCUAGGUUCUUAGCUACUCUAGCGCUACUCUGGAGAGAUUUGGAACUAUUAUUUAUAGCUGACAGCUGGACACUUUUGCAACAGUUCUACCAUAAGAGAUGACACUCCUCUUAAUUCCACACUCCAUAUUAUAUUCCUUCAUGCAAGCUAUUUGGGACCAAAUAUAUAACGCUGUCAUUUCAACUAAUUUUAUUCGUAUUUUGACAUUGACAGCUGUCACACAAGCAGGCGAGGCACGCACGACGCUUAUGACAGUUACAUAUAAUUUUGUUUUCAUUUCGCGGCAUGUAUCGUUAAAUUGUUUAAAUACGAAUAUUUACGACUUUACAGCUUAUUCCAUUUGUAAAUAGUUCGGUAUAGCUUGUUUUACACGCGGUUUAUUUAAUUUAUUCACAAUGGGUGAUUAUCCGGACCCUGACGAAGAGUACGAGCUCAUGUACGCUGAUGAGCUGGAAAUGCUUCGUGAUGACGAAGAUAGUUCAGAUCACAAUGUAGUCAAGAAAAAACCAUUACCAGCUAAAAGAAGUCUGGAUUUCUCUAGUCCAACAGUAAAAAAGCAUCUGCCUACUUUCGCUAGUCAAAAUGUAGAAUCAGAAAACAUACAUGGUAUAAACUCACUGCCUUUAAGCCAGCCUACACAAAUUACACCUGUGAGUUCAAGUAAACGGACAGUAGAUGAUUUAUUUGGGGAUAUAGGGGAUAUAGAAGAUGAUAUUUUAUUACCUAGUAAGAAGCAGAAAACUGAAGAGGAAGAAGAUGAGGAGCUAAUUAUAAAGAUUCUAGAAGGUCGGAGACUGCGGCAGAUGCUUCUGGAGCCUUCUAACAGGCUUCAGGGUGAGGCGAAGCCCAACUUUAAUGUGAAAGAUAAUAUUUCUUUGGAUAUACCAAGAUGGGCUUUCAUGCCCCUAACCAACUCUGACGGAGACAGGUUUUAUGUAAGGUUAGAGUCUGAAGACUCAUGGGAGCAGUCACUGGAGAUGACGGAAGAGAGUGUCUCUCUGCAUGUCAACUAUGCAAACACAUGGACCGAGGCUCGGAAACUUUUGGAACAAAAACAAAAGCAAAAAGAUGCCCAGCCUGAGGAGGUUCAGGUUGUAGAGAAAGAUGAAAAUGACAAUCUCAUGUGGGUGGACAAGUUUAAACCACAGUCAUAUGUGGAUCUGCUGUCAGAAGAGCCAGUUAACAGAGCGCUGUUGCACUGGUUGCAUUUGUGGGAUAAGAUAGUAUUCAAAAAAGAAGUGAAGACCAAAGAUCCGCAACAGAGGACUACGUUUAGCAAGCGCGCGGGCGAGUUCCAGCUCACCAACAAAUGGAAAGGCAAGAAAGAAGCCGAGCCAGAGAUGGAUGAAGACGGCCGACCGCACCACAAGGUGGCGCUGUUGUGUGGGCCGCCUGGCGUGGGCAAAACGACGCUGGCGCAUUUGCUAGCUAAGCUCGCGGGUUACAGACCAGUAGAGCUGAAUGCUUCAGAUGAGCGCAGUACGGACGCGUUCAGAACAGCGCUGCAUAACGCUACCCUCAUGCGGUCCGUGUUAGACCCCGACCGGAGACCCAACUGUCUUAUACUAGAUGAGAUCGAUGGUGCCCCAUUACCAACCGUCGAAUUGUUAGUGAAGUGGUGCACAGCGACUGCAGCGGUCGCUGGGAAGAAGAAGGCCAAAACACAGCCUUUACGGAGACCUGUCAUAGCCAUAUGCAAUAAUUUGUACGCCACAUCUUUAAGGCCGUUAAGGCCGGUAUCUCUGAUAGUCCGCGUGGCCACCGUGUCCCUGCCGCGGCUGGCGGCCCGCCUGGGGCUGGCGGCGGCGGGCGUGGCGCCGCGCGUGGCGGCGGCCGUGGCGGCGCGCGCGCACCCCGACGUCCGCGCCGCGCUGCAUCUGCUCAGCUUCCUCCACAAGCUUAAAGGAGGCGCUCAGGUGACAGUUGCGGACGUGGAGAAAGCCUCAAUAGGCACCAAGGACUGCCACAAGAGCCUCAUGCAAGGGCUGCAGGCCAUUUUCACCAUCAACGAUAAGGACACGGAUGUGCUGAAGACCGUACAAGCGGCCGGGGAAUAUGACAGGCUAGCAGAUGGGAUUUUCGAGAACUACCUUCAAGCUCGAGUGGACUCCCGGCUCCUCAUAGCUUGUGAAACUCUCUCCUGGCUUCGGUUCUACGACACAAUUUACUCGUGGACGCUGCGAACACAGAACUACUCCUUAUACGGGGCGCUACCGCUGUGUAUAGCCAGGUGUCACACAUUAUUAGCGUCUAGAACUCCACAGAGAAUCAAGUUCCCAACUCAAGCUCAAGAGAUGUACCGUCGUCAAACUGAGUUGGAUGCGACCAUGUCGUCAGUGGCGCGAGGCUGCGCGGCCAGCGUGGCGCCGUCGCGGCCGGCGCUGCGCCUGAGCCUCGCGCCGCUCCUGCCGUACUUAUUGUCGCCCGUGCUGCGGACGGCUAACGUACAGCUAUGCAGUGAAAAUGAGCGGAAAGCUCUACGUACCUGCGCGGGUGCUAUGUGUGACUACGGCCUGCAAUACGUACAGCAAAGAACGCCGGAGGGGCUGUACGCGUUCGUGUUAGAACCAGACAUACACAAGAUCGCAUUCUUUGCUGCUAAGCUGAGGAACACGCAGGCAACGAGGACAGAGCGCGGCCGCCGCCGCCUGUGCGGCAGGCUAUCGCUCGCGAACAACAGCUAGAAGUUAUUCGCAGAAACGAAGAAAUGGUAAUAAAUUUGCUGUAAUUUUGUUUUUAGCACUAACUCGUAAUCUUCUUAGUGUUCGUUCGAAAGUUGGGUUGUUCUUGCGGGAGCGACAUAACGAAAAUUAGGCCUUCUUAGGAUCUGUUCGGAUCCUAAAGACAAUUUGCUUUACUGAAAAGCGACUGGACAACACCAAAUGACUUCAUUCUUAAAAUGUUUGCCGGUUACAUACUAAAGGAGCCCGGGGUCCUCUCUGCAACUAGUUUUUACGAAAGCGACUGUCACUUGAGAUUCUCGAGGGGAAAGAAGGCCUUAUUGGGAUAAAUAUCAAAUGAUAUGUCGUACUGAAGUUCCAAGAAACUCAUGUUCAAGUUGGGGUUCGAACUGCGACUUUCGGUUUGAACACUUCGUCCUUAAAUAUGUAUAACUUUAUAUAUUUUACAAGUUUUAAUUGUAUUUUGGGGUGACACCUACAAUUUCCGCAUCGGGUGCCACCCAUGCUAGCUACGCCACUGAGUCCACUGACACUGAGUUUGUUGUUAUACCUAGUUUAUUUCGACAACUAAAGAAUAAAUCCUUAUUCUUUCUAGCUAUUUGACUAAGAUGAAAGUAUGACAGUUUUAUUUCAAAGUCAUUUUUGAGGUCAAGUCCGAUCCAAGCAAAGUGAAAAGUGAGCUUGAGUCUGGCUUUAGUACUUUCGUCUAUAUAUUAAAUAUGAUAUUAUUGUUUUCCAGGACGUGGCAUUCAUCAACCCCGCGAACGUGGUGUUCGUGUACAUGCUGGUCCGCGAGCUGGUGGACGGCGAGCGCAUCGCGCGCCCGCAGGAGCUGCAGGCGGUCGUGCUCACCUGCCUCUACCUCUCCUACUCCUACAUGGGCAACGAGAUCUCCUACCCACUGAAACCUUUCCUCGUUGAGGACUCCAAGGACAAGUUCUGGGACCGCUGCCUUCUCAUCGUCGACCGGCUCUCUUUCAACAUGCUCCGCAUCAACUCCGAGCCAGGCUUCUUCACUGAAGUGUUCACAGAACUGAAGGCUUGCGGGGCCGUCGAGAGCCCGCCCCCCGCGCCCGCGCACCCGGCCCCCGCUCCGCCGCACGCCAUCUCGGCCGCCUGACACACCGAGGUCGCGGUGCUGAGGUUAGCCCUGACUGACCGCCCCAGUCGCGUUUGAUGUCGGCUCUACACGACCGCUCUUGUUCAAUCGUCUGACACCGAACGAGCACGGACGGCUUUAGAUAAAGGUCUCCGGGUUUAGGAUAGCUCCACACGAGCCAAUUAAUAACUUCUAAGUGGAGUGUUCUUGUAGUUACGUCUGAACUGUUUGGAGAAUGUAGUGAAAUUGAAAGAUAUUUAUUUGUAGGUAAAGGUGAAGGAUCCUGAAAGCUUUGGUAGAAAAUACUCAUUUUUGAAUUUAAACUGAUGUUAAAUGAACAAGUUUAUGUUGUUCGAAGUGCAGCAUGAUAUCGACGUUGUUAUUUGCUCAAGAAUGUAAUCCCGCCGUGACGAUUGACCAAGAAUUUAUUUGAAAUCGUAUACAUUCCAUAGGACUGGUGAGCGCGAACGGGGGAAGAAACCGCGAUGAGUGAUUGAUCUAAAAAGUUUGUAAAGCAACGAGCCGCUAAUAAUUAGAGCCUUUAAAAGUUAAUAAUUAGAGCGAAAGUUCCGUGUCAUAUCGAUCGUGGAAAUUCAGCUGCUACGACUGCAGACCACGUUCCGGAACCAACGACAUACGCCAUUAACACGACUCGCGUUUGUUCGUUCGUCCUAUUUACAGGGCCAGAUAACUUACACGUGCCGUAUCGACUUUGACUGCUGCAUUUUACAUAAUUAAUGUCUGUAAUGUUAUUGUAGCUAAUUGGUCUGGUAAAGACACUUUCUGGAGCCGCUGCGGAGUGGCGUUUAGUCCAAUAGACAGCGCGGUUAGUUAGUAAGUUAAGAGUUUCGUAAUGUAGUGAAAUGCUCGCAUGCCAUAUAACUAGUUAGUGUAGAAGCAGGCGGGAGGAUGCAAUAGCGGGGAACCGUCAGUAAAAUAAAGGAAUCCGGUGAAUCCUUCUAUGAAGUGUACGUAAAUACGGCCGUCAGCUUAAAGCGGGGCGAUCGAACCAUUGGUUGAAGUAUAUUUAACAAAUAGGUCAAAUAUUGCGAACGAUUAAGCGUUUUGUACAGUAAUAUCGAAUAAAUUUAUAUGUUAAGUCAUAAAUAAGUAGUCUGGUGUGGUUAAAUGGGGUUGGUUUGUUCGGUGUGGAAAGAUGGGCGGAGACCUAGGGCACUCGGUGUGACUCGACCACAGGCCUGGAUAACUAGUUAAUGAAUUUCGAAUCGUUGGUCGUACAUAACGAACGCAAUAGCCUAAAUAUAUACUCAAGAAAAUGAUUGAUUUAGAAAGACGACGUACUUAAAGCUGGAAUUACACUAGAUAUGGCAGUCGCCGCGUACAUGCGCCCAUGCGGUAAAUUUUCAGUAUACCGUAUGCGUUUAGUCAGUCGCAUGCGGCGACCGCAGUAAUGUAAUUGCGGUAUUAAACUCAAGUUAAUUAUGUAUUUCUAGUCAGCGUUUAUUGUUUUCCUUAAGAAUUAGUUUCUUGAAAUGAUUGUGACGUAAUAUAGCUUAGAGGAAUUAAUCAAAGCGGAUAUUUAGAUCGAUUUAGGAAAGCUGGCGCGGAUUUUAAGCGAGAAUUUGGACAUUUCAGUACGAAUCGCGGACCAGCUGUUAUGCUAUACUUAAUGGAAUUAAUGAGCGAUAGUUAAUGUACAGUGUCACCGAGUGCCGUAGAUAAAUUUACUUUAGUAAAGGUACGAAGUGGCAGUAUUUAAUGAAACUGGAAUCUCAUUAAAGAAUAGGGGAAGUAGAUGUCUGUGAUGUUCAUUGACUUAGAUUUGUGUUUGUGAUAUGUUUCGUUUUGUUAUUUAUUUACUCCGGUGAUUGUUGUACUUAUUCUUAGAUGUGGUUAGAUAUUGUAAGGCAAUAAUUUAUUUGGUCAACAUUACAAAUUCCGAUAAAAUGGUUAUUUAAAGUUUUACUGAGGAGAACAUCGUGCAUAGUAAUAAUGAGAAUUGUGUGUGUCAAAUAUUUACCUUUUCGCCUAAUUUGAAGGUAAUAAAGCGAAAAAAAAAACUCAAUUGAUAAGUACAGGCCAUGUCAAAAAUAUUAAUUAAGCUUAUAACUAACUCAAAACAUUUUAACACGAACUCUAUCUACUUAUCAUAAAUCGUUAAAACAAAUGUUAUGGCCUCGCGAAACAUCUAAUACAUAGUAAAAUAAUAAGAUUUCGUUACUGCUGCACGAUGUUGUUCCUAGUAAAGGUAGCAUAAGAAUAUAAGGAUGUUCGUUGGACUAUUAUAUAAGACAUGAUCUUGAUGCCGUCUGAAUAUCUAAAACUUCCUAUUUACCUGAAAUUCAAAAGUACCUUAUAAUACUCUGUUUGAAAUAGCAUAAUGUUGAAACUAGUCAGUUUUGUUAGAGCUGUGUUCUAUUUUAUCUGGAUAAAUGCAGUUAUUUUUGGACAAGAUCCUACUAGAAAAUUAUUUUCUUAUUCCGACGUUUACUUUCUUGGAAACAGUAUCAGGCUAUGUACAUUCCAAUUAUUAGUGAAUAAGUAAUAAGUUCUGCUUGAUGUCGAAUUCCAGUGAUCUCUGGUUUGUUCUCAAACUUUCUUUACAAACGUUUCAAACGCUGGCCACUCUGUAAUAAAGUAACUACUUACCUAACUAGCGUAGAAUUUUAAAACGACAGUCAAAUAUUUUAAAAAUAUCGAGUAAUCGACCGUUAGGCAAUGAGUGGCAUAAAAACGAAGAGAAGCUAAGUAAUACAGUCGCCAUCUAAUCGGAACGGCCAAGCUGAUCACAAAUAUCUGAACACGCCUCUAUUGUCAAGGCGUAAGCCGCGUUUUCACUUAGUGCUAUGAGCAAACAUUUUGUUUAGAGUAAAUGUUUGCUCUUCCUAUUUACUAUUGGAUCAACUGUUUCCAUUUUCCGAACGAACGAACGAACGAUUGUUUGCUCAGAACUGUUCAGAGCAAAAAGUAAAAACGUGGCUUUAGGAGUGCGUGUUCAGAUAUUUUUGAGUGCCUUCGCUGCUCCGAUAUAUCUGAUGGCGACAGUACAUACUUCCCUACCUAGGUAGAAGAUUAAAAGACUAGUUAGACCAAGUGGCUCCAUUCUCUUUUUAAAAUCUGUUUAAUUGCAGCGCAUCUCCCUCACACCUAUAAGAAGUACUGCUGUUAAAUUGAGACAAGAGAAUUGAUAUUUCUGGAGUUUGAAACGCUGUAACCUGAGAAUCACCCCUCUGAUAUUAUAGCAUAACUUUGAUAUUUGGAACGUGUGGUGUCAUAAUAAUCGAAGGUAUUACUGAUCAGGUACCUCUUCUAAUAUUACCUACUCAUGUAAUUCACGUUUGUUAAUUACUCAAUUGUAAAUAUACCCAAUUAUUAAAAAAGACUUUCGUAUACA